AUGAAAGUCGUCGAUAAAUCCCAUAUGAGCAAGUUUCCUCAAGAAAUGAAUCCAACGAGCACCAAUAGCCUGAAUAGCAUGAGCAAGCAACACGAAAUUAAUAUUUCAAGCACUCGAGUUGGCAUGUCAGAGAUAGAACUAGAACCUGCUUCAAUCAAUGACCUCAAUACCAUAAACGAGGAGCAUGAUAUUAACCCUCGUCCACUAAAUCUACCUUGUACAGAUCUACUCCAUGGAUCUAGAGAAGAUUACAUCAACAUAUUGCUUCCUUUGUACGAAGCAUCAGUUACAUGUGAUUGGGAAGCUGCUAAGGCCAUCAUUGAAAAACGCCCAGAGUUGGUACGAUUUGCUAUCACUGAUCGUUAUGAGACAGCACUUCAUAUUGCAGCUUCAGCAGAACCGACAAAGCUGGCUGAAGAAUUUUUGAAGAAUCUAGUCACUAAGAUGGAAGACAAGGAUUUGGAGCUUAAGAAUAGAGGUGGUGAUAAUGCACUUUUCGCAGCAGCAGUAAGUGGAAGUCCCAUUAUGGUUGACAUAUUGCUAAAUAAGCACAAAGGCAUGUCUAUUCCACUGGCCGCAAGUACUUACUGUGGAAAUCAUAACAUGGCGAGGUAUCUCUAUGAAGCUUCUGAGAAGAUGAAGAGCUUAACACCUAUGGAUCGAAUAUUUACUCUAAACCAUUGUGUAACUGCGGAUAUGUUUGAUAUCGCAUUAAAAAUUUUGACAGACUACCCUGAAAUCAUGGAUGCACCUGCUGAAAGUCAUUUUAUACUUGAUGCUUUGUCUGGAAAGGUUGAUGCAAUUAACAAAAAAGAACCAAUUAUAAUUUGGAAAAUCAUUGAUUCAAUUUUUGCAAAACUACAUAUGAAGAAGAGACUUUCGAAAAAGGAUCAUCAAGCAUUGAAUUUACUAACAAGGGUUCUGAAUAGUACUAUUAAAUUCAAUAAGCUGGCCAUCGAUAAAAUAUUAUUCAAGCGCGAUGUGGAGAAGAUGUUGCCACCUCCUCUAAGGGAACAUAAGAACAAAGAUGGCCAAACGGCCUAUCAAUUAUUCUUUGAGAACAACAAAGAUCUAGUUUCGGGCAGUUUGAAAUGGAUGAAAGAUUCUAUGGUCGUUGCAACACUUAUUGUCACUGUAGCAUUUGCAGUUGCGUUUACUAUUCCCGGAGGAUAUAACCAAGAAAACGAGUUUCCUAUCUUCAUCCAUGAACACACCUUCUUAGUUUUUAUAAUAGCAGAUGCAAUUUCCUUAUUCUCUUCCUCAACUUCACUUCUAGUGUUCCUGUCUAUCAUCACAUCUAAUUAUGGUCAACGUGAUUUCCUAUACUCAUUACCCAAAAAGCUAGUGAUAGGUUUAGUAAUACUCUUCAUCUCUGUAGCAGCCAUGAUGCUUACCUUUGUUGCAAGUUUCUUCGUGUUAUACCGUAACGGGUUGAAAUGGGUACCGAUCAUUAUCGGUAUAUUAGCUGUCAUGCCAGUCGUUGUAUUUGCAGCACUUCAGUUUCCUGUUUGGUUGGACAUGUUUCGCUCGAUGUAUGAUUCUAGGUAUAUCUUCCAUCCUAAGAGACAUAUGUUUUACAAUAAAAACCCAAGGUUGUAA